AUGGACCAGCUGCUUGUGCCACCAGGACCAGAUAGCUUCCGCCCAUUCACCCGGGAGUCCCUCAAAGCCAUCGAAAACCGGAUUGCGGAGGAGAAAGCCAAGAAGCCUAAGGGAGAAAAGAAGAAGCACGAUGACGAGAACCGCCUGGAGCCCAACAGGGACCUGGAGGCGGGAAAGUCUCUGCCCAUGCUGUACGGGAGCCCGCCCAAGGGCCUGGUGUCCACUCCACUGGAGGACCUCGACCCCUGCUACAGUAAUCAGAAAACCUUUAUGGUGUUAAACAAAGGAAAGUUCAUUUUCCGCUUCAAUGCCACUCCUGCCUUGUACCUGCUGAGCCCCUUUAACCCCCUCAGAAGAAUAUCAAUCUGGAUUUUGCCGCCAGACUGGGCCAAAAAUGUAGAGUACACAUUUACUGCAAUCUACACUUUUGAAUCGCUGGUGAAAAUUUUUGCACGAGGAUUCUGUUUAGGGAAAUUUACGUUCCUGCGAGAUCCAUGGAACUGGCUGGACUUCUGCGUCAUUGUCCUGGCCUAUGUUACAGAGUUCGCAAAACUAGGAAACCUUUCAGCACUUCGCACUUUCAGGGUGUUGAGAGCUUUAAAAGCCAUUUCAGUCAUUCCAGGACUAAAAACCAUAGUUGGUGCCUUGUUCCAGUCCAUGAAGAGGCUCUCUGAUGUGAUGAUCCUCACCGUUUUCUGCCUCAGUGUCUUUGCGUUAAUUGGCUUGCAACUUUUCAAAGGGAAUCUUAGGCAAAAGUGUCUAAUCACACCGCCAAAUGGGAGUUUUGGCUCACCAGAUUUUGACUGGGAUGAAUACUCGCAUAAUAGAAGUAAUUUUUACUACCUUACUCCAGAAAAGAGAGACCCGUUGUUGUGCGGAAAUGGCAGUGAUGCGGGGCACUGUCCAGAGGGCUACACCUGCUACCAGGCGGGGGCUAACCCAGACUUUGGCUACACCAGCUUUGACUCCUUCGGAUGGGCCUUCCUCGCUCUGUUCAGGCUCAUGACACAAGAUUACUGGGAGAACCUUUACCAACAGACUUUGAGAGCUGCGGGUAAAACGUACAUGGUGUUUUUCGUGCUGGUGAUCUUCCUGGGCUCCUUCUAUCUGAUCAACCUGAUUCUGGCGGUGGUGGCCAUGGCCUACGAGGAGCAGAGCCAGGUCACCAUCAACGAGGCCAAAGAGAAAGAGGAGAAGUUUGAGGCCAUGCGCGAGCAGAUGAAGAAACAAGAAGAGAACCAGGCAGCAGCGGCAGCAGCGGAGAACGGUGAGGGCAGUGAGAAGCUUAGCAGCAGAGAAAGCUCGUCUGAUGCCUCCAAGCUCAGCUCUAAAAGUGCCAAAGAGCGACACAACCGGAAGUGUAAGAGGAAAGAGGAUGAAGGCAAAGGCACGGACGAGAAGAUUCCCAACUCUGAGUCACAGCACAGUCUGAGGAAGAUGUGCUGCCACUUCCCUGAGGAUGACAAUUUGCUCAGCUAUGAGCGCAAGUGCUCUUCUGCUCACCAGCCUGACACAGCUGACACAGAGGGGGCAGGGGAACAAUGUCAACACGCCAUGGACCUCCACAACGGCCUCGAAACCAGGGCCAGAACCUGCAGUGUGGCCAGCGCUAUCACAAGCACAAUGGAAGAACUCGAAGAAUCUCGGCAUAAGUGUCCUCCUUUCUGGUCCAAUUUUGCACAGACCUUUCUGAUCUGGGAAUGUUGCCCAAUUUGGAUGAAGGUCAAAAGGGUGGUGCAUCUGAUUGUGAUGGAUCCCUUCACUGACCUGGCCAUCACUGUCUGUAUUGUUCUCAACACUUUGUUUAUGGCCAUGGAGCAUGACCCAAUGACAGAACAUUUUGCAUUUUUCUUGACUGUGGGAAAUUACGUAUUCACUAGCAUCUUCACAGCAGAGAUGGUGCUUAAGAUUAUUGCGUUGGAUCCAUACUUUUAUUUCCAACAAGGAUGGAAUAUCUUUGAUGGCAUCAUUGUCACCUUGAGUCUGUUGGAACUUGUACUUGGGAUUAAUGUUUUGAGAGCUUUCCGACUGCUUAGAGUUUUCAAACUGGCUAAAUCGUGGCCCACUCUCAACACUCUUAUCAAAAUCAUUGCAAACUCAUUUGGAGCCUUGGGCAACCUGACUCUGGUGCUUGCCAUUAUCGUGUUUAUUUUUGCGGUUGUGGGGAUGCAGUUGUUUGGAAAGAGUUAUAAAGACUGUGUGUGUAAGAUCUCCAGCGACUGCACCUUGCCGCGUUGGCACAUGAACGACUUCUUCCACUCCUUUCUCAUCGUGUUCCGGGUGCUGUGCGGCGAGUGGAUCGAGACCAUGUGGGACUGUAUGGAGGUGGCAGGGCAAACCAUGUGCAUCUUUGUCUACAUGACGGUGAUGGUCGUCGGGAACCUUGUGGUCCUAAACCUGUUCCUUGCCCUCCUCCUGAGCUCCUUCAGCGCUGAUAACCUGGCUGCCACAGAAGACGACACAGACAACAACCUUCAGAUUGCCAUUGCGCGCCUCCAAAGAGCUGUGACCUACACCAAAACCCUAAUGCGGAGCAAGAAGAAAAGAGACGAGGAAAAGUCCCUUGAAGAUCUCCACAAAACAUUGGGGCCAAAUGGGGUACCGAACCACACCAUCAAAGAGUUUGCCAAGAGCGGAAACGGAGAGGUGACCGGUGUGGGCAAAGAGGGGGACAAGUACAUUGUGAGCAGCAGAAGUGACGACUCCAUCAUGUCGUUCAUAAACAAUCCCAGUCUCACUGUGAGCGUUCCCAUUGCUGUAGGAGAGUCCGACUUCGACAACCAAAACACAGAUGAGUUCACCAGUUCCUCUACAGACUUGGCCCCCUUUCAUUUGAAUAUAGAAGAUGAUGGCCAGCUCAGUUCCUCGGAUGGGAGCACAGUGCAUUUAGGUUCAGCUGGAGACAGAGGAGAGUCUGACUUUGAAGAGGAGGAAUUUGCAGAGCCAGACCCAUGCUUUAUUGAAUGCAUGGUUCAGAGAUUCAAGUGCUGUCAGGUCAACGUGGAGGUGGGCUGGUGCAAGAUGUGGUGGACUCUGCGGAAAACCUGCUUCCGUAUCGUGGAGCACACCUGGUUUGAGAGCUUCAUCAUCCUAAUGAUUCUACUCAGCAGCGGAGCCCUAGCUUUUGAGGAUGUUUACAUUGAACGGAGGAAGACCAUUAAAAUCAUUCUGGAGUUCACAGACAAAAUCUUCACAUACAUCUUUAUCCUGGAGAUGCUGCUGAAGUGGACCGCUUAUGGUUUUUCCAAAUACUUCACAAACGCCUGGUGCUGGCUGGAUUUCCUCAUAGUGGAUGUGUCGCUGGUCAGUCUGGUGGCCAAUGCGAUGGGCUAUUCUGAGCUGGGAGCCAUUAAGUCUCUGAGGACACUGCGAGCGCUGAGGCCCCUGAGGGCCUUGUCCCGCUUUGAGGGCAUGCGGGUGGUGGUCAAUGCCUUGCUUGGGGCCAUUCCUUCCAUCUUCAACGUGCUGCUGGUGUGUCUGAUCUUCUGGCUCAUCUUCAGCAUCAUGGGGGUGAACCUGCUAGCGGGGAAGUACUACCACUGCGUGAACGAGACCACAGGAAAGGACUUUGAUAGCUCUGAGAUCAACAAUAUGUCCGAAUGCAGAGGAAAUGACACACGUGUGAAGCUUUGGAAAAUUAACUUUGACAAUGUUGGCUUGGGAUACUUGGCACUGCUGCAAGUGGCAACAUUUAAAGGUUGGAUGCAAAUCAUGUAUGCUGCUGUGGAUUCUCGGGGCAAGGAUGAACAGCCCGAAUAUGAAGUCAACCUGAAGAUGUACUUGUAUUUUGUUGUGUUCAUCAUAUGUGGGGCCUUCUUCACCCUCAAUCUGUUUAUUGGUGUGAUUAUAGACAAUUUUAAUCAACAGAAGAAAAAGUUUGGAGGACAGGAUAUAUUUAUGACAGAAGAACAGAAAAAAUAUUACAAUGCUAUGAAAAAGCUGGGUUCCAAGAAACCACAAAAACCUAUUCCAAGGCCAGCGAACAAACUCCAGGGAUACAUUUUUGACCUGACAACAAACCAGGCUUUCGAUAUUGCUGUCAUGGUUCUGAUUUGGCUCAAUAUGGUGGCCAUGAUGGUGGAGACAGCUGAGCAGUCCCUAGAGAAAACCAACGUUCUGACUAUAAUCAACACCGUCUUCAUCGCCAUCUUCAGCGGGGAAUGUCUGCUCAAGAUGACAGCCUUGCGUCAGUACUACUUCACUAACGGAUGGAAUAUCUUCGACUUCAUUGUGGUGAUUCUGUCCAUCAUUGGACUAUUCCUCUCUGAGCUGAUUCAGAAAUAUUUUGUGUCCCCUACGUUAUUCCGAGUGAUCCGCCUGGCUAGGAUUGGCCGCAUCCUGCGCCUCAUCAAAAGUGCUAAAGGAAUCCGCACGCUUCUGUUCGCCUUGAUGAUGUCACUUCCAGCCUUGUUCAACAUUGGCCUCUUGCUCUUCCUGGUCAUGUUUAUCUAUGCCAUUUUCGGCAUGUCCAAUUUUGCAUAUGUCAAAAAGGAAUCUGGGAUUGACGAUCUUUUUAACUUUGAGACUUUUGGCAACAGCAUGCUUUGCUUAUUCCAAAUCACCACAUCUGCCGGCUGGAGCGACCUAUUAGACCCACUCCUGAAUAAAAACCCAGAAGAGUGUGAUCCAUUUGCAGAAAAUCCUGGAAGUUUGGUGAAAGGAAACUGUGGAACUCCUUCAGUUGCAAUUACCUUCUUUGUCAGCUACAUUAUCAUCUGCUUCCUGAUUGUGAUAAACAUGUACAUAGCUGUGAUCUUGGAGAACUUCGGAGUGGCCACAGAGGAGAGUGCUGAACCACUGAACGAGGAUGACUUUGAGAUGUUUUAUGAAGUUUGGGAGAAGUUUGAUCCCAAUGCAACCCAGUUUAUGGAAUACAGGAAGCUUUCAGACUUUGCUGAUUCCUUAGCCCCGCCUUUGCGUAUAGCCAAACCCAACAAGUUGGAGCUGAUGUCAAUGGAUUUACCAAUGGUGAGUGGUGAGCGCAUUCACUGCCUAGACAUCCUGUUUGCAUUCACUAAGAGAGUUUUGGGAGAAGGAGGAGAAAUGGACAUUCUAAGAGGGCAGAUGGAGGAGCGGUUUAUGGCUUCAAAUCCCUCCAAAUUGUCCUAUGAGCCAAUCACAACAACGCUGCGUCGCAAACUGGAAGACUCUUCAGCAUCGGUUAUUCAGAGAGCCUACAGACAACAUUUACAGAGAAUAAUGGAGGACCCGCAAAACCAGGACAACGAACUGGGGGAAACGGGGGAAAAUGCCAUGGAUACUGACAUUACUUCUGGUACAGACAAAGGAAAUGCAGAGAAAAAUGGCAUUGCACCAACAUCUGCCUCUCCAACACAACCGAAUGCAAACGGUAACAAGUAUAACAAGGACCACAGUGAAAGGGAAGUGGCGUGUAAAGAGGAUGACACAUAA